CUCUCCUCCCUCCUCAGCAUCCUCCUCACUUCCUUCCCUUGCUGCUUCUAGUACCGUUUUCUCUCUCUGUGUGUGUGUGUGUGUGUGUGUGUGUGUGCUCGUUUCUUCUUCUUUUUUUUUUUUUUUGUAUCUUAAUGAGUUUGUUUUGCAGGCUAUGACAGAGAAAAACCAGUGUUACCCAGGAUUCCAGCAUUCCUUCUUUUUCCACAUCUUCCAGUGUGAUCUCUGGGGCUUUGAAAGCCCAUCUUGUGAGUGAGUGCCUUCCACCGUUGUUGUUUCAGAGUUGUUUUAAGGCUUUGCCCUGCAAGCACCAGAAGAGAACUCAUAAAAAGGAAGCCAACAGCAGAUGCAAUCGCGGAUGUGGCUUAGUCCUUGCAGCUGCCCCAGAGAGCUGUUGGGAGCGUACGGUCCUCAGUAAUGAAUCCAGAAGAGCGCAUCGUGACAUGGCUUAUCUCCUUGGGAGUUUUAGAUUCCCCCAAAAAGACCAUCUGUGAUCCCGAAGAGUUCUUGAAGUCCUCACUGAAAAAUGGGGUAGUGCUGUGCAAACUGAUGAACAGACUUCGUCCUGGAUCUGUACAAAAGUACUGUCUGGAGCCCCAGACCGAAGCCGACUGCAUCCACAACAUCAGCGAUUUCUUGAGAGGAUGCACAGACCUGCAUGUGGAGGUAUUUGAUCCUGAUGACCUUUAUUCAGGGGUCGAUUUCUCCAAGGUUCUGAGCACUCUUUUAGCUGUCAACAAGGCCACAGAAGAUCAGCUGUCAGAGAGACCAUGUGGACGUUCCUCUUCUCUUAGUGCUGCUACUAGUUCUCAGACAACCCCCCAGGGAACUGUUUCUAGCACAGCGCCAGGACUGCAAAGGCAGUCAAGGGCAGUGGAGAUGACGGAAAAUGGAAGUCACCAGUUGAUAGUGAAGGCGAGGUUCAACUUUAAGCAGACUAAUGAAGAUGAACUGUCAGUCUGUAAAGGGGACAUCAUUUACGUCACUAGAGUUGAAGAAGGAGGCUGGUGGGAAGGCACAUUAAAUGGGAAAACAGGCUGGUUCCCUAGUAACUAUGUGCGAGAAAUUAAAUCCAGUGAGAGACCUCUCUCCCCCAAGGCUGUCAAAGGAUUUGAAUCUACUCCACUUACCAAGAAUUACUAUACUGUGGUUUUACAGAACAUCUUGGACACCGAAAAAGAUUAUGCUAAAGAACUCCAGUCUCUUCUUGUUACGUAUUUAAGACCUCUGCAGUCCCAUAGCAAUCUGAGUACUGUGGAGUUUACAUCUUUAUUGGGAAACUUCGAGGAAGUCUGUACAUUUCAACAAACUCUCUGUCAAGCCUUGGAAGACUGUUCAAAGUUUCCAGAAAACCAGCACAAAGUAGGAGGGUGUUUACUAAACCUCAUGUCUCACUUUAAGUCCAUGUAUCUGGCCUACUGUGCAAAUCAUCCUUCGGCUGUAAAUGUACUUACUCAGCACAGUGAUGACCUGGAACAGUUUAUGGAAAGCCAAGGUGCCACGAGCCCAGGAAUCCUCAUUUUAACCACAAGCCUCAGCAAACCAUUCAUGCGACUGGAAAAGUAUGUUACUCUCCUGCAGGAGCUGGAACGGCAUAUGGAGGACACACAUCCAGAUCAUCAGGAUAUUCUGAAAGCAAUUCUAGCAUUCAAAACACUCAUGGGGCAAUGCCAAGACCUAAGAAAGAGGAAGCAGCUGGAGUUGCAGAUACUUUCAGAACCUAUUCAAGCAUGGGAAGGGGAGGACAUUAAAACUUUAGGAAAUGUGAUUUUCAUGUCACAAGUAAUUGUGCAAUAUGGGACAUGUGAGGAAAGGGAGGAGCGCUACCUUAUGCUAUUUACAAAUGUCUUGGUGAUUCUCUCUGCAAGUCCUCGGAUGAGUGGCUUUAUCUAUCAGGGAAAAGUACCAAUAGCAGGAAUGAUGGUGACCAGAUUAGAUGAAAUUGAAGGGAAUGAUUGCACAUUUGAAAUCACAGGCAACAUAGUAGAGAAAAUUGUGGUCCACUGCAACAACAGCCAGGACUUCCAGGAAUGGCUGGAGCAGCUCCAAAGACUCAUCAGAGGACCCAUGCCUGGCAGUUCGCUUUCCAAAACAUCAUCCUCAUCUUGCAGCACUCAUUCUUCUUUUAGUUCUACUGGACAGUCCCGAGGACCCUUGGAGCCUCCUCAAAUUAUAAAACCGUGGAGUUUAAGUUGUCUGCGACCGGCACCUCCACUUAGACCAUCAGCAGCACUAGGUUAUAAAGAGAGGAUGUCUUAUAUCUUAAAGGAGUCAAGUAAAAGUCCCAAAACAAUGAAGAAGUUUCUCCAUAAACGAAAGACGGAAAGAAAACCAUCAGAGGAGGAGUAUGUGAUUCGGAAAAGUACUGCUGCCUUGGAAGAGGAUGCUCAGAUUCUUAAAGUGAUUGAAGCCUACUGCACCAGUGCCAACUUCCAGCCAGCUCAUGGCUCCACCACUCGCAAAGAUUCAGUUCCACAAGUCUUACUUCCCGAGGAAGAGAAACUCAUCAUUGAAGAAACCAGAAGCAAUGGACAGACCAUCAUCGAAGAAAAGAGCCUCGUUGACACUGUGUAUGCCUUGAAGGAUGAAGUCAAAGAACUGAAACAGGAGAAUAAACGAAUGAAGCAAUGUCUGGAGGAAGAACUGAAAUCUAGACGCGACCUGGAGAAGCUGGUCCGGAGACUGCUGAAGCAAACUGAUGAGUGUCUGCGGGCUGAGUCCAGUAACAAGACUUCCAUUCUGCAGUAACUGCCACUGUGCUUCUGGGCAGUGUAUCUUCCUGUCAUCUUGAAAUGUCCAGCUGAAUAAUUUGACUCAGUUCACUCACUUUGGUCUUUAUUUUGUAUCUCCCCCUCCCACAACCUGCACACAGUUUGCUUUGAAUGCUUGUUGUCCAAUUAUGGGUUGAUUUUUUCCUCCAACAAAGUAAAAAAAUAAGAGGUGGUGAUCAUCCCCCAACAAAGUAAAAAAUAAGAGGUGGUGAUCAGAGUUGCCCCAGAGCCAAUUCCAUUCAGUUAGAAAAGAAAAAGUGGACACAGCAAAUGAAUUCUCUGGUGUCCAGAUGACCUUCAAUUCAUAGGGCCUCUGCAGGAACUAUUCCUUUCAGGUCAGUCUCAAUGGACUCCCUGCCAUCCCAGAGUGGCUGACUACGGCUUAUUAAGUGUGAACUAGACUCCCCCACACCCAUCCUUUAGCUGUACCUGGAAUCCCCUUAGUACCUAAGUUACCGAAGGAAAAGCUUCUUGAGCAUACAAUUCACACAUUUGCCUACUGAUCCAGCUACCCUUCCCUCCAUCAUUGCGUGCUACUCCUCAAUGCAAACUAUUUUUUAAAGAAAUCUUUAAUUUUUUAAAUGGGUUUUAUUUUAAUGAAAGAGAGAGAGAGAGAGAGAGAAGAGAGAGAGAGAGAGAGAGGCAAACCAGAGCAUUGAUCAGCUCUGGCUAUGGUGGUAUGGGUGAAUGUUUGUGGGGGGUUUGAACCUGGGACCACAGAGCCUCAGGUAUGAAAGUCUUUUUGCAUAGCCACUCUGCUAUCUCUGCCAUCUUGCAAUGCAUACUUAAAAAAAAAAAGAAAUUACUGCCCUGUGUUGCCUUUAAGAUCAGGAAGAGCACCCUUUUGUCCUCUUGUGCUUGGUUUACCUUUGAACUUUGUGGAGCUGCAGCUGUAGUCAUCCACGUGAACACCAAAUCCAUCAGCAAAUUGCGCAGGACACCAUCCCUCCAGAGUUGGCAUCUCUUCCCCGUGUGUGAUGGACUAUUUUCCUAGCCUUUCUGCCUCAUGUUAAAUGCUAUCCUUCCUCAGUACUUCCAGCCAAUCACAACAAGCAGCAUGCAAACUAAUACGUGUGUGCUUUGCUUCCUUGUCCAAAGUAUAAACUGUGAGCAGUUCCUUUAUCUACACUGCAUUUUCAAUGACCACAUCUCAUUCUACGAGACAGUCUACAUUGAGGAGACACUGGGCCCCAGUAGACACCUUAAGUCACUUGAUUGCUUUCCCGUUUAUGCCGUGAGAGGUUGCAUUCGGGUUCUUGAGCCUCUCUGAAUAUUUCUUCAAGGAUAAUGUGCAGCAGUGUGCUGUUGGGUCACUUCAUGUAUCUGAAAGAAAGCGUCCCUCUGAUAGCUGUGUGCUGGUUACUAGUGAAACUGAUCAUAUGGUACUGGUUUUGCUCAAACUAUCAUCUUUCUAAGUAACUCAGAAAUUAAAAACUUCUAUAUACCUGGAUUAGGAGAGAGUUCCAGAAGGUCAGUGCACAUUCAGUCUUAGUACAGUGGAAAGGCAAUCUCCUCUCUCCCAAAUAACAGGUGACAUUUAACAGGGGAAGGUUAUUGAAAAGAGAGACCCUGGGCCAACAUACUGAACAAACUUGUCUUCAGAUGCGGUUGAUAGGUGCCUAUAAAUGUGGGGUUCGGAAGUAUUUUAGAAACCAAACAUGGAGGUUGAAAUCACCAAUUUGCUGAGAAGCCCUUAAUCUUUCUAGUCCUGGGUGGGGGGUGGAGGGUGUCUCAAAGGGGACCACUGAUUCCUUGGUGCUCCAAAGAAUGUCACCACCCACAGGAAGUAGCCUGUCCAUGCAGUUCACCAUCCGUCCAAGCACACUCAACCAUGUUUGAAAGCUGAGAAGUGAAAAUUUCUAAGGAUGCCUGCUACUCUGCUUUUUAUUAAGCAUAGCAGUUUAGAUAUGCCAUCCUUAACCCCCGAAUUAGAACCAACAACACAGAUCUUAGCACUUGCCCUGCCUGUGGUUAGUCAGUGACUUGCAGUAAAUGUGCAAACUAUAUUCAUAAGAAUCAUUUCUGUGAUUGCAAAAUACUUUAGUUGAUAAGGAGUAAGACUGCUUAAAAUAUUGAAAGGCCUUUAUUUUUCAAGUGACGUGUAUAUAAGCAUGCUUUGGGGACUUGGGCCUUGUGACAAAGGGCCCUUGGUACUGUGGGUAAUGAAGCUUGUGCAGAGUGGUGUCCACACUCGCACACUAAACAUUAAUAUAAAUGAAAUGAAGCCAUGUUAAGCUGAGAGCAGUGUCUCCAUAGUUGAGUCAUUUACAGUCCUCUGUAAGUGGGCUCCUAUUAUCCUGUAAUGAAACUGCUGCCCUUAGAGGCCUUUCAGUUCCAUUUCUGUUAUGCCCCUUCUUACAUAAGCUCAGAUUUUCUAACGUUUUUAUUUUGAAGACUUUUAAAAUGAACAUUUUCAAUAAAUAAGAAUGACAGUGCUUUAUAAAAUAA